GCUCCGAUACGGGCGAUCGGGUCCUGGAUCCGUCGCUUCAGUCUGAUACAUGCUGCUCAUCCUCGACGGAUCAAUUCCGAUUUGUGAAGGUCGAUUCCAAUACAGUUGGAUAGAAUUUUACGAUUUACAUUCACGUUGCAAAGUGAACUAGCUGAGCAUGAAUGCAGCUGACCGGAUAGACAUACAUCGAACUCAAAGGACCACGGAUGAAUGAAAUGAUGAGCUGACAGUGAUAGAAGAAUCUUGGGAUUGAACAAAAUCCAGAAGCAUAAUAAAAUACUAAUGCCUGAGCCAAUAUGUUUGUAUUUCCUAUCUACCUCAUUUUUAUGAUGACAUAUUUAAGAGCUCAAAAACCAGAUCAAAGAAAUUUAUUCAAUAAUGGAGGCUGGAUACCAAGAACAGAUCUUGCGAGUAAUAUUAACUCAAAAAAUCUUAAACAGACAUCCAAUAAUACGGACAAAGCAUUUGUUCCGUUGGAUAAACAUGAAAUUAAUGAAAAUAUUGAUUCCUUUACAGAUUUUGGUAAGGAUCAAAAGAACGAUAAAAUUGUCAUUCAAUCAAGAUCUCUCUACAGCAGGGUAAACAUUGAUGGAGGAGGAGUUUCCAGUUCCAAAGAUACACUGAUGAGGAGAAACUCAUUUGAGACCCAAAGCACGAACAUACCUUUGAUUGAAACUUUCAGGGAAAAAUUUCAAGAGCAAGAAAUAAUAGCUAGAAAAACUGAUACCAAUGAAUCCGAAAAAAGUAAAAUUAAAUUUUUGAUUGGUGCCAAAAAGGGACAUGAUUCAUCCACAGAAAAGCAUCAGAUGACUGAAAAGGAUGCAACUGUUGUCCGAUAUAAUGAUGAAAAAACUGAAAAGACGAAACAGAGCUUAUCUUCAGCACAAAAGUCAAGAGACGCAGGAUCAAAUAAUUCUACAAAAGCAUCUGCAUUAAAUAAGAUCUCAGAUCAAUUAAACUUGACAACCAAUUCCACUAAUAUUGUGGCCAAAAACUCGACUGGAAAAGUGACAAAAAUUGAUAUCAAGCCACAGCAACCUGUUUUGUCUGGCGAAAAACUCUCUCCGCCUUCAUUAAAAACAAAUAAGCCACUUAAAAAUGAUACAUCAAUAGUGUCUAGAUUUCGAAAACAAGUGCUAAACUGGCAGAGUCGAGGUCCUCCACGAUUUAGCAGUGUUGGUGCCUCACAUAGAAUUCCACCGACUCACAGCUACUCAACUCUUGCUCUUCAAGCACCAGAGCCAUUUUCACAAAAAAGGACCGAUUUUUUUUCACAGAGACCAUUGAAAUUAGCUCAGCCAUACCCUGCACAUAGUUUUAAACCCGGAACACCUGAAUAUUUGCCUGAUCGAGACUUUGGUCUUUUCGAUCGGCAAGACCAAGCAGGUCAGUUUUAUCCUCAAGGAUACCUUGCUCAGCCACUACCAAACAACAGUUCAUAUUAUAACACGCCAGUGGUGAAUUACUAUUAUCCAUCUGUAAGUUAUCAGCCAACUAGAGCGCCACAAGUUGAGCUAACAACACAAGCGUAUCCACCACUGGGUGUACCAUCACAAACCUACCAGGUUCCAGGCUACCAAUAUGGUCCACCUGACCAGAGCUACGGCCCCCCAGAGCUUCCAGAACUCCAGCCAAUUCAAGAGGCAAAGCCAUAUCGACCUCAAGGAUACUUUAGGAUCAUUCUAAAUGAUGAUAGGUGUGUGAUGAGUCGCCAGGUUGGAGCCGAGGCACUCAUCGAUGUUUCACUGCUGUUUAGGAGUCAAAAAAGCCAGCUGAAAAAUUGUGCCCUAAUGUUCUCAUCAACACUUAAUAUUGCUUUAUCAAGUAUGGUCCAGUCAGAUGACAACAUUACAACAGUUGAUUUGGUCCGUCAGCUAAAUCUACGACUGUUUACCGUCCUACCCGCUGGCCACAUCUCAGAAAUUAAGUCCCCAUGGUACAUGGAUGACACAUCACCUGGCCUGACAUUUGCAGACACGGGGACUAUAAUCAUCACGUUUCAGCCUAGCACACCUCUUAAUUUUCGACUUCUCAUAUUUUCCUACAGAGACACAAUUCCUCGCGUUCCAGGAAUUGUUACUUCCGUUCUUGUUGCCAAUGCAACUGCGCCCUUCAGUGAGACCACUCUCGUAGAAAUCCCAGAGUCUACUACUCAGAAACAGGAUGGACUAUUACCUACCACUGAGAAACAGGAUGAAUUAUUACCUACCACUGAGAAACAGGAUGAAUUAUUACCUACCACUGAAAAACAGGAUGAAUUAUUACCUACCACUGAGAAACAAAACACAACAUCAUCCACCACUGAAAAACCAGACGCAAUGGUAUCUUCCACGCCAGAACAGGAGUUUCUUGAAAUGUUAUAGUCAAGAAAGAGUUAAAUGACAACAGCAUAAUGUUUCAAAGUCACUGUUAUGUUGGAGUGAAUCUUUCACUUCCUAGAUAUAAGGUUCUGCUGAACACAGUCUUCAAAAAAAAGGCAUUCCUUGACAUUCACACUGAUUAAAGAUGCAAAGCUUGAUUUAAAUUGCUUUAGAUGGGAAAGAUAAACAGUAAUAAAAUUUCCUGUCGUUCUGACAUCCUGCCACUAAAUUAAAAAUGCAUUUUCAUUGUAUUUUAAUUAAUUUCAGUGCAGUCUUCAAACAGAAUUUUGAAAACUUCUAGGAUAUGAAUUGACAAAAUUUCGACUAUUUUCAGUUUUUCUAAACUACGAUUUUCUAUAAUUCAGUUCCAUUGAUAAAAUUUUUCCUAUGAACUGGUUGAUCAAGUCUCA